AUGACGGAAGCUGCUGAUAGACAUCACCUAAUAGUGCUUGCCCAUGGGUUAUGGGGGUCUUGUACAAAUUUGGCCAGAGUUGAAUCAGUUAUCCAUCACACUCUCGGAAAAUCCAAUCUGUGUACUUUCCACACUUUUGCGCCUACUAGUUUUGCACACUUUAAGACUUAUGACGGAAUAGAAGCAAUUGGCGAAUAUCUAAUUGAAGAGUUAUUCAAACAUUUGGAAAUACUACAUGAUGAACAUGGGAUUACUAUAACUGAAAUCAGCUUUAUCGGAUAUUCGCUUGGUGGCUUGGUUGUUAGGUAUGUCAUUGGUGAGCUGUUUGGUGCAGGCAUGUUCCAAACCAUCAAGCCUGGCUUUUUUACAACGUUUGCAACACCACAUUUGGGUGUAACUUUCUAUGAAAAUACGAUCUUAAACUAUCUAGGUUCUUAUUUCCUCGGUAGAACCGGAUAUGAUUUGUUUAUCUCGGGCGGUAAAAAAGCGAUUGUUUACAAGUUAAGCGAUCCACAGGAAAAGUACUACAAAGGCUUGAAGUUGUUCAAAACUAAGAUAACUAUUGCCAACGUGAAGUUUGAUAGAACCGUUGGUUUCUACUCUGCCUUCAUUUCUCAAUAUGAUCCUUUUAAGGAUUGGAAUUCGAUCGAACCUGAAUAUAUACCAGGCUUGCCAACUGCUUUAUUGACUAAAAGUGGUAGAACGAUUGAUUGCCUCAUUGUAGAUCUUAAGAAAUCAAAGAGACUGGUUGAUGGUGAAAAAAACUCCACCAAGGGACCUGCUUAUAAACAUGCAAUGUUUUUGGUUGGCUGUAUAGUAACGGUCCUAUUCCCUAUUAUCCUGGGUGUUUCUACUUUUGCUACACUGAAAAGUCUUGCCAGAACCGCCCUGUUGCCAAAAACGGACGUUAAAUCCUCCUGGAAAUAUUUAUAUGAGAGUAUACAUAAAGGCGAAGAGUUUGUCCAUGACGAAGCUGAGAAUGUGAAGCUUUUGGACAACCAAGACGCUGAGUCUGAUGAUUAUAAUGAAGACGAAAAUUUAAAAGAAAAACCAAAGGGAAUUUCACACCUAACGAGAUCUGUGGUUGAGAAUGGUUUGAAUUUCUUAAAUGAUGAUUAUGAUGACCUUGCCUUAACUCCAGCUGUUUCCGGUGCUUCUUCCAAGGCAAAUGUAAGGGAAAACUACAAAAUUGACCUUGAUUUUGAAUUGGAUUAUCAGUCUAAGAAUAAAACUCUUGAUAAUCUGCUUAAGAACGUCUUACGUGGUGAUCUAUCCAACAUCCCGCUAACAGAGAAGCUAUCUCCCCUACCUUUCGACUGCACGAGAAGGCAGAUUUUGAAUAACUUGAAUACUUUGGACUGGAUCAAAAUUCCAGUGCUACUCCAGAAUUUGAACUCCCAUCAAUCUGUCGUUGGCAGAAGGGGGUUUGAAAGAACUCCUGACUGUAUUCCCUUUUUGUUUUUAUAUUCAUUUUUGAUUGAGGAAAGCUUAACCCACUAUGGCAAGCAAUAA